CUCUCUUCACACCCGUUUGGAUGGAUGGACUGACACGGAUCCAGUGUCCGAUCUUCACUGAGCAGCUGGUAACAUCUAAGCAGCCUCCUCCAUGCCCCCCUGCUGCCCCCUGGUGCCCGGACGGCUGGAUCCGGAUCCAAGGGAAAUGUUACUAUUUUUCUAAGGCUGAGGAGAACUGGACCUACAGCCAGAACUUCUGCUCUUCACACGGUGCCUCCCUGGCCGGGAUUGAGAGUCCGCAGGAGCUGGGUUCCUUGCUGCCAUACGAAGGCAAACUGGACCACUGGAUCGGCCUCCGGAAGGACACGGGCCAGGUCUGGAAAUGGGCCAACGGGACCGAGUUUGACCAUUGGUUUCAAAUACACGGAGGCGCAGACUGUGCGCAGCUGGACGAAGAUUUCACUGUUGUCACAUCAAGCUGCAGCACACCAAGAAAAUGGAUCUGCAGUAAACCUGAUACCCCUGGGAAGGGAGAGGAGGGAGCAGUGGGAGGGGAUUCGUGAACUCAAGGGGAAUUAGAGACCAGCUGUGGCAAAGACUUGUUCUAGUCCCCUCCAUGGUCCCUCCAUGCUGCA